AUGUCGUCGCAUCCGUCCCUCAAGGCGACCUUCGCCAGUCGAGCUGAGACAGUCUCUCAUCCUCUUAGCCGACAUCUCUACAAGCUUAUGGACCUCAAGGCCUCGAACCUUUGCCUCAGCGCCGAUGUCGCAACCGCUCGCGAGCUCCUCUACUUCGCUGACAAGAUCGGCCCCUCUAUCGUCGUCCUCAAGACUCAUUAUGAUAUGGUGGCUGGCUGGGAUUUCGACCCCCGAACUGGAACUGGCGCCAAGCUCGCAUCGCUAGCCCGCAAGCACGGUUUCCUCAUCUUUGAGGAUCGCAAGUUUGGCGAUAUUGGCAACACGGUCGAGCUGCAAUACACCAGCGGUGCCGCACGCAUUAUCGAGUGGGCACACAUCGUCAACGUGAACAUGGUUCCUGGAAAGGCUUCUGUUACGUCUUUGGCCCACGCCGCCAACCGAUGGCUGGAACGAUACCAUUAUGAGGUCAAAACAUCCAUCAGCAUUGGAACCCCUACGGCCAGCCAGCUGGACGAGGACAGUGAGCGCUCAGAUGGCGAGAACCAAAAGAAUGCGCCUGAAAUCGGCCGCGACAACGGACGCAAAGGCAGUAUCGUCUCUACUACUACGGUCACCCAGCAGUACGAGUCAGCCGAUUCACCACGCCUCGUCAAGACGAUUCCCGAGGGCGACGAGACAGUAUUCCCCGGCAUUGACGAGGCACCUAUCGAGAGAGGUCUGCUCAUCCUAGCACAAAUGUCAAGCGAGGGCAACUUCAUGAACAAGGAAUACACACAAGCUUGUGUAGAGGCUGCGCGGGAACACAAGAGCUUUGUUAUGGGUUUUAUUUCACAGGAGUGUCUCAACACACAACCUGAUGAUGAUUUCAUUCACAUGACCCCAGGCUGCCAAUUGCCUCCUGAGGGCGCGGAUGAGAACGAGGCUAUCAAGGGAGAUGGCAAGGGCCAGCAGUACAACACACCGCAGAAGAUCAUUGGUAUUGCAGGAGCUGAUAUUGCCAUUGUCGGACGUGGAAUUAUCAAGGCGGGCGACCCUGAGGAGGAGGCUGAGCGAUACCGAUCCGCAGCAUGGAAGGCUUACACAGAACGCGUUCGCUGA